AUGGGAUCAUCCUCUUCAAAAGCCGCGCAGGGCGCCGCGCGCAAAUUCCCGACCCGCGCUCCGGGCGCCGUACCACCACCGUCGACCGCCGCGAGAGCAGCUCCCGCUGCCCCUCCGACCCAGCCCGCGCAGGCUCAGUCACAGACGAAGACGGCGACACUCAAACCAGAAGAUCCCACGUCCACCACCACUGCCACCAAUCCCGAAGUCACCGCCGAAUUCUCCUCGCGCCUCCGCCAAAUGGGCAUCGUCCAGCCAAACCCAACCUUCUCCUCCACAUCAACAGCCAGCGCCGGCCCCGGUCCCGUCGCAGGCAGCCGCCCCGGCCCGAGUCCUCACGCCGAUCUAAUCCAGAACCCGGGGCCCUUGUUCCCUUCCACAUCCCGCAAUGCAACGCUCGGCACCCUCGAAGCCCGCCGCCGGCUCCAGCAGGAAGCCGAUGCCGAGUUUGACGGGCUCGGACGUAGCAGCAGCGGCGGGAGGGAGUUUCUGGAUUUGAAGACGAUUAUUCAGAUGCACCUGAUGCGCGACAGGGGACACUCGCCCGCUGAGAUUGAGGCGAGGUUGGAUUUGAAGGCUGGGGUUGUGGCGAGGCUGGGACGGAUUGGGAUCACGUCGCCCGCUUGA